AUGCUGCUGAGGAAUGUGUCUAUAUUAUCUGUCCCAGCUUCAUCGUUCCUAACGAAAUCGCUGACGCCAUCGUCGCGAGGGUCCAUUAAAUCGAUUUCGAGGCUCUAUUCGGCGUCCACCUCCCGAAACAACAACAAAAAAGACAAUAAUAUUCAAGUACCGUCGUGGGUGCCAGAUUUUGACGACGACGAUGGGGGAUAUUCCAGACCUGUGAUUCAAUGGUAUCCUGGUCACAUUGCCAAGGCCGAACGCGUUCUGAGAGAGACUUUUCAAGCGGUCGAUGUCGUCGUAGAAGUCCGCGAUGCCCGCGCUUCCAAGGCGACGUCCCAUCCCAGGGUACCCGAGUGGGUCUCCGGAAAGCCCCGAUUGGUCGUUUUUACACACGUCGACUUGGUGCCGUCGGCGACUCAUAGGGCGUGGAAGACGUUUUUUCAAGAAAGUCAAGAAGUGGCUCUGGAAAAUAAUGCCGACAAUAACAACAACAAAUUGCAAUAUUUAUGGGUGAAUGCCAAACAAGGACAGGGCAUUCCGGCCCUCCAUCGUGCCAUUUUUAAAGCAGGGGCCCAUGUGCAAGAGAGGAGACAGCGUCGUGGACUCAAAGAUCGUCCUCUGCGAGUGGGUUGUCUGGGGUAUCCAAAUGUAGGGAAAUCCGCAUUGAUCAACCGCUUGUUGGGUCGAAGAAGGGCUCGAACCGCCAAUACACCGGGUAUCACGCGAAGCCUGCAAUGGAUUCGAGUCCGCACGGAUGAUAGCAAGAAAACCAACAAAAAAGAAUAUGAACUCCUGGAUAGUCCCGGUAUCAUUCCCGCUAGCUUGGACGACCAAUCCGAUGCUCUGCUCUUGGCGGCUUGCAACUGUAUUGGAGAUGCGUCGUAUGAUAAUCAGGUUGUGGCUGCCUAUCUAUGUCAGUGGAUGCAGAAUGUCAUGAUUCAAGGCAGGGCGGAGACGGCAGCACCGGAUUGGAGAGACAACUGCCGAAAGCGAUGGGGUGUGGACCCUCUGGCACCCGUUCCGAUGGACAGCCAAGACCCUGAUAAAGGAUCACGGUACGUGACCGGCGAGGAAAUGAUUUACAUGGUAGCGGAUAACAAAUGCAAAGGCAGCCCCGAAGAUGCGUCUCGGAAAGUGCUGCAAGAUUUCCGUAACGGACGCAUGGGGUCGGUAUGCCUGCAAGUGGCACCGGACGAAUCGGUCACUGAAAACAGUCCCAGUGGCCCGAUUCAGGAUUUUUCCCAGGUCCCGGACCCUCGGAUGGGUACCGUGCGAGUCGACAACCUAGGCUCCAACACGUCGUACGAACAAUUUCGAGAACAGCAAGAGGCGCAGAAACGUGAACGUGCCAUGGCCGCGCGAGAAACGGCAAAAGAACGUGGCUUGGAGCUACCACCUAGUUUGGAAGAGCCAGAUGAGGAAAAGAGUACCGGUUCGUCACAGGGCGAUGUGGGUAAAGGCUUGUUUGAUGGCUGGUAG